ACGAUGAGUAGAGCACAUGUUUUGGUUUUGCCUUUUCCAGCACAAGGCCAUGUGAAUCCUCUUAUGGAUCUUUCACAUGAACUGGCCAAACAUGACAUCAAAAUCACAUUUGUGAACACAGAUUUCAUCAACAAGCAAAUCAUGGAAGCUGAGGCAACAAGAAGUGAAGAUAAAGAACAAGUGGGAAGUGAUCAGAUUCAAAUGGUCUCAAUCCCAGAUGGGAUAGAACAAGAGGAGGACAGGAAUCGUUGGGAGAUAUUAAUAGAGUCAAUCUGGCAAGUUAUGCCAAUGAAGCUUGAACAGCUGAUCCAAGAGAAAAGUGAAAAAUCAGAGAAUGAAAAGAUUAGUUGCGUAGUUGCAGAUGCUGCCAUGGGAUGGGCACUUGAAGUUGCAGAGAAGAUGGGAAUCCAUCGUGCUACGUUCUUGUCUACAUCAGCUGCGGUCUUGGCCUUGUGUUUCAGCAUUCCAAAACUGCUUGAUGAUGGAAUUAUUGAUGAUGAUGGAACACCAACAAAAGAUCAAAUUAUUCAUUUGGCGCCAAAUAUGCCUGCUAUGAGAACAAAACAUUUUCCUUGGGCACAAAUGGGUGCUGGCUUGAAUGCACAAAAACUUGUGUUCAACUGUAUGAUGAGAAACAACGCUGCAGAAAUUGCAGAGUGGGCGAUCUGCAACUCAGCUCAUGAACUUGAGCCUUCAGCAUUUGCUUGUGCUCCAAAUAUUCUUCCUAUAGGUCCACUCCAAGCAAGCAAGAGCAACCAUGUUGAUCAUUUGGCAGGAUCAUUUUGGCAAGAAGACUCAACUUGUUUAAACUGGCUUGAUCAACAACCAGAUAAGUCGGUCAUUUAUGUUGCAUUUGGAAGUUUCACCAUCUUUGAUCUCCUCCAAUUGCAGGAACUAGCACUAGGACUUGAACUCUCAAACAAGCCAUUUCUAUGGGUCGUAAGAUCUGAUAUCAACAAUGGGGCAGUCAAUGCCUUCCUAAAAGAAUUUGAGGAUAGAUUAUGUUCUCAUGGGAAGGUAGUUGGUUGGGCUCCUCAGCAAAAAGUUCUAACGCAUCCUUCAAUUGCUUGUUUCUUGAGCCACUGUGGUUGGAAUUCUACCAUUGAAGGUGUCAUCAAUGGAGUGCCUUUCUUGUCUUGGCCUUACUUCGCUGACCAAUUUCUGAACGAAACCUACAUUUGUGAUAUCUGGAAGGUUGGGUUAAGGCUUAACCGAGACAAUGGGAUUAUCAGUCAAGAAGAAAUAACAUUUAAGAUAAAGCAACUGCUCAAUGAUGAGGGUUUAAGAGCAAGGGCUUCAGAACUAAAGGAAAAAGUCAUUGACAAUGUCAAAGAUGGUGGCAGCUCAAACAAGAAUCUGAAGAACCUUGUUGAUUGGAUAAAAGCAUAAACAAAUAAUUUCAUGUCCGUAAUUAAAGUCUAACAGGGCAAGAACAAAAACAACCUCUCUGCAAGAGGGAACUUUGACGGACUUGUUCAGGAACUGAAAAAGAUCUUCCAAGUUGAUGCAUUCUCUUUCACUGGUUUGUUUUGUUUUUAUGGACUUUCAGCUGUUUCAAAGGACUGUCUCUCUGAACACCCCCCCCCCC